GGUCCUUUUAACUUCAUUGUUGGAGAAGAAGCGACGCCCCCGGCCAAAGGGAACCCAACAGCCCCUGUGAUCGGCGCGACCCCCCCUGCUCGGCUUUGUUCCCGCGGAGAUCACACCCAGCCUCCCGGCCACACUUUCCGCAGAGAUGCGAAGUUGAAGCCGCAUUCCCAGCCGGGACAACGCAGGAUAAUUCCGAGCUGAUCGUUUUAGUUACCCGAGUCCCCCCCCCGACCCACCUCCCCAAACCCCACCGCCACCCACCUCCCACAUGCGCGUUCUCUCCCCUUCGUUCUCGAUCUCCGCGCUCGGACCCGCGCGCGUCUCCGCUCCCAACAUGCCGGAUUUGGCGCGGCGCCUCGUCCUGUGCGCGCUGCUCGGCUCCGUUUACGCGUCGUGCCCCCCGCGCUGCGAGUGCUCCGAGGCGGCUCUCACCGUGAAGUGCGUCUCCAGGGACCUGCGCAGCGUCCCCGCCGGGAUCCCCGGGUACACCCGGAACCUCUUCAUAACCGGGAAUCAAAUCGGCCGCGUCGGUCCGGAGUCGUUCAAAGGGCUGGACAAUGUGACCAACCUGUCUCUGAGCAACAACAGAAUCUCCGAGGUGGAAUCCAACACCUUCGCCGGCCUCCGCGCCCUCCGCUCCCUGGAUCUGAGCAACAACCAGCUGGCGGUCAUUCACCCCGAGGCCUUCACCGUGCACAACCAGUCCCUGCGGGAGCUCAACCUGAGCCGGGCCCUCUACAACCACUCGUCAGUGACGGACUUGGCCACGUCUCUCCGCUGGAGCUCCCUCGGGAGCCUGAAGGGACUGGACCUCUCGCACAACGGCCUCAUCUUCCUGCCCUCGCGUAUCUUCUCCCACCUGGGCAGCCUGCGGCGGCUUCAGCUCUCCAACAACUCCCUGGUGGCCAUCCACAACUCCAGCUUCUCGGGUCUGGGGCGCCUGGAGGAGCUCGACCUGACCCUCAACGCCCUCAAGACGGUGCCCGAGGAGGGUCUGCGCGAGCUGGACUCCGUGCCCGGCGCCGAUCUCCUGCUGGGGGAAAACCCCUUCACGUGUUCCUGCGGGAUCGAACCCUUCGCCCUGUGGCUCAACAGAUCGCAGGGACGCAUUGGCGACGCCGACGGCCUCGCGUGCGCUUUCCCCGCCGGCAUGAGGAACACGUCCGUGCUGGCCGUGGGCUCGUUGACUCUGGGAUGCCGCCAGUGGGGCGCCGGCGCCGACCUGGCUCUGCAGACCUCCUACGUCUUCUUGGGCAUAGUCCUGGGCUUCGUGGGGCUCGUCUUCCUCUUUGUGCUUUACCUCAACCGCAAGGGCAUCAAGAAGCGCAUCAACGAAAUGCGGGAGGCCAGCAGGGAGCUGUGGGACGGAUACCACUACCGCUUCGAGGUCGACUCCGACCCGAGGUUGUCGCAGGUCUCCUCGAGCGCCGACGUCUGACCUCUGGUGCACCUUCUCGUGACUCUUUUUUUAUUUUAUCUAAUGGUGUAAAAAGUGUACAGAUUUGUCUGUAAGUGCGUAUACGUGCACUGGUGUUAAUGAUCUUCCAGCCUUGUUUAAAGCAUGCAUCCACGGCGCGGCUAACGUGCUCGUUCCGUCCCGGCGAAGUGGGCGUGAAUGCUCUCGGACCGAUGUCUCUUCGUUUUUCGUGGCUGCUCCUCGCGCAGAAGAAAGUGCCUGAAAUCAGCUGGUUAUUGUUUCUCAGUCGCGAGCGAUCUGAACUGAACGCAACCGUUUUCGUUCGUUGCUCCCAGUCAGUCGUUCAGCUCGUCAGAGAUAAAGAAAGCAACAAAAUGCUGCAAUGAAACCUCGACGCUCCACCAAAACAAAGCUCCUGGGAAUGUGAAGCACAAUCACUCAUUCAUCUUUGAACUUCUUCAAAGCCUUUGGUCGCUGCGUCCUUCAGCCCCGAGGGGCCACAGGGGAAUUAAACCUCCCAAGCUUUCCUAAAAUCUCCACUCUGCUCCUCUUUUCGGCUGUUGGAUUUAAGGGGGGGGGGGGGCAAUUCAGUGCAGACCAGCGGAAAUCUCCCAGUCCCCUCAUUUAUUUCCCCUUUUUUCCCCCGUGAACCGUUGCUUUGUUUCAACUGCUUGAGUUUUAUUGUCGAAAUGAUGAGAACCAGUCUUGUUCUGAGGCCACUGAAAGACCCCCUGCCCCCCCUGCGCCCCCCUCCUUAUAGACAACAGACGCUCUCGAGACUCUUUGAAAGAAAACUCUCCACGUUUUUCUGUUUAGGGGAUUUUGUUUUUUUGUUUUUUUCCACCAAUGAUCAGAUACAGAUGAUUCUGAAACACCAGCUACUUUGUUUCUUUCAGCAGCUUCUCUGAGUUCGCUUCAUGAAACCAGAGAAGAAGAUGUUCUUAACCUUUUGGUAUUUCCUUCUCUACCUUUCUAUGCUUUCUGUGCGGGGCUACGCCAAGAAAAAUGUGCAAAAGUUGAGCAUUUCCUCGGAGUCUCACUGAAAUCUAGAGGAAUGUAUUUAUUGGUCAGAUCCAAGACGUACAUUUUAAAUGCAUGUUUAAAGUCAAUGAAAUUAUAACCUGCAUGAAUCCCGAAGAAAACGUUGUAGUCCUUCUUUUGCAAAUGUGUCGUCCUGCUUUUUUUUCUAAAUAACGAACUGUCUGCUGUUACGCACCAACCGCCAAGUCUAAUUCCUUGUAUGUCUGACAUAUUAUGGCAAUAAAUGUUUCCUGAUUGCUGAUACAUGACGAAAGCAAUUCUCUCUGUGGCCUCACGAUGCUCCAAAGUGAGACCGAGUUGAAGGAACGCCGCCAGUCCACAAAGUGUUCUUUGGCCAGAUUGCGAGCUGUCGAUUGUAUUCGCAAACCUCCACAAGCUUCCCAAAGCUCAAAGCUUAGGCAGCUCCUUCGCCCUCCCAAGAUGUUUUCCAAACCCGUCCAGGAAUGUUCAGAACAUCGAACCAUUUCGCUGCGUGUGUGAUGACAAAAUAAAGCUCUAUAAUCGAAA